AUGCCGCUGAAGAGAGAAGAUACUGAGCGUGCUCUGCAGGUGAUGGAGGCCUGUCAGGCCGGAGCUGCUGAAGGGGUCAAAGGUCGCGCAGAGAAACUGCUCAACAUCUUCCAGAGUGACCUGUUCCAGGCUCUGCUGGACAUCCAGGAGUUCUACGAGCUGACAGUGUGUGAGAACCAGACGACGACAAGCCGACCACACACACCUGGACAGAAGUAUCGUUACCAAGACGAUGAGACUCCACCCGUCGACCCCAGCCCUGGUCACAUGACCCACGGACGCAGCACCGAGCUGAGCCACGCCCACCUGGACGGAUACACACAUCCUGCUGCACUCACUAUGAACGGAUCAGAAGGAGAGCUGGAGUAUGAAGAGAUCACACUGGAGAGGGGUAACUCUGGUCUGGGCUUCAGCAUCGCAGGAGGAACUGAUAAUCCUCACAUCGGAGACGACCCGUCCAUCUUUAUUACCAAGAUCAUCCCAGGAGGAGCCGCAUCCCAGGACGGACGCCUCAGGGUGAACGACAGCAUCGUAUUCGUUAACGACGUGGAUGUCCGUGAGGUCACUCACUCCAUCGCCGUGGAGGCACUGAAGGAGGCGGGGCCUGUCGUCAGGCUAUAUGUCCUGCGGCGACGCCCACCGAGCGAACGCAUCACACAAAUCAAACUGAUGAAAGGACCCAAAGCUAUUGCCCCAUGUACGAUCCUCCACUGGAGGUCUGCUGUCCGCUUUUCAAUGGGCAGCUUGUACAGGGACCGCCAGCUGCCUUUCGGGAAGGAGUCCGGGCCAAAGAACUCAGUCCACCUUGACUCCCCGACCCCCGACAGUGACCGAAGAUUAAGGACUUUGAAACAG